AUGGGUCAUAUGAAUCCUGAGAGAGCGGCCAUGAUCAAUGGCUGGAAGGACAGAGACAGGAACGACCGAAGCGACAGACAUCGCGACAGGCCUCGAGACCGCGACAUCACCGCUCCUCAUUACGACUCGGCCAACCGCAUCUCAAAGCCAUCCCGUCAACCACAAAACAAGACGACUACUCCCGCCGCGACAGCAGCUGCGACUCGUUACCUUACUCAGGACGAACAAGCAGAGCAGUUCGUGGCUGAAGAGGACAAGUUCGUACUGAAGCAGGCCAAGAAGAAGGCCGACAUCCGCAUCCGCGAGAAGCGCGCAAAACCCAUCGAUUAUUUGGCGUUUGCCCUGCGCUGGGUUGAUCCAGACCGCGAUGUGUUCGAUGAUGAUGAUGCCGACAUCGAUAUCCCCAUUCCCCAUCCCGAGGCCGUCAUCCGCGAUCUGAACGAGUCCCAGCUCCAGGAAUUGGAUGAGGAUAUCCGAUCGUACCAUACACUCGAGGUCAAUGAGCGCAACCGGAAAUAUUGGACAGCUUUGCUUGCCCUCUGCACUGACCGUCGAAAGAAGCUGAAGCCCUUACCACCCGAGGGCCGAGCUGUUAGCGCGGUCGCUCCUGAGGUCGACAGAAUCCUUGCGCCGAAGACGCUGACCCAACUAGAGGCUCUGGAGAUGCAAAUCAGGGCGAAGCUUCAGUCCAAUGAACCAAUUGACACGGAUUAUUGGGAGGAGUUGCUGAAGAGCCUUCUCAUUUACAAGGCUAAGGCCCAGCUGAAGGAGGUGUGCUCCGCCAUCAAAGAUGCCCGUGUUCAGCUGUUGCGCCUGCGGGACCCCGAACGGGCCAAAGAACUAGAAGGGUCAGAUGGUUUCCUGGAUGCUAUUCCCACGGCAGGCAAGAGUUCAUCCAAGGCUCUUGUCCCUGCUUCGAAAACAGGGGCCUCUUCGUCAUCAGCUCCACCUCCCGGCACAGCUCGCUUUGCGUCAACCGGAAAUGAAGACUUCUCUCAGGCAUCUAAGGCACUGCUUGAUCGUGAAGUAGCCCGCGGCGUGAGCGAAAACGAGGAGAUCUUUACGGCCGAGGAGGCCGUGCCCGGCAUCCCCAGGCCGAUUUGGGCCGAUAAGUACCGGCCGCGGAAGCCACGCUACUUCAACCGGGUGAUCAUGGGCUAUGAGUGGAACAAGUACAACCAGACACACUACGACCACUCCAACCCGCCUCCAAAGGUCGUUCAGGGCUAUCGGUUCAAUAUAUUCUACCCUGACCUUAUUGACAAAACCAAGGCUCCAACCUACAAGAUUAUCCGCGACGAUGGCCGUAAAAAGGGCGAGUCUAACGCUCCAGCUGGUAAAGAAGACACUUGCCUCAUCCGGUUCAUCGCUGGUCCUCCUUACGAGGACAUUGCCUUCCGCAUCGUCGACCGCGAGUGGGAUUACAGUGCUAAAAAGGAGCGUGGCUUUAAGAGCUGCUUCGACAAGGGUAUCCUCCAGCUUCACUUUAUGUUCAAGAAGAUUUACUACCGCAAGUAA